AGCUGAUUGUGAUGGUCUCCGGCCUUUCCGAGGUUUUACGAAGAGGGUUAAUGACAGCAACUAGAGGAGUAGCAGUAAGGAAACCAAACGACGUACUGGUCCUUUGCGGUCCGAGUGGUGCUGGGAAGUCUACCCUCAUAAAACGAUUGUUGAAGGAGUUCCCUGGCCACUUCGGUUUCAGUGUAUCCCAUACGACUCGAGGCAUGCGGACUGGAGAGGUUGAUGGGAAGUCUUAUCACUUUACCAGCAGGCCCACUAUGGAGGCUGCGAUGGCUGAUGGCGAGUUCAUCGAGCAUGCGGAAGUCCAUGGCAAUUUGUACGGUACCUCCAAGGCCUCAGUGAGAGAAGUACUAUCCCACGGUGAGAUCUGUAUCCUCGAUAUCGAUGUGCAAGGAGUAGAGUCAUUGAAGGCCUCGACUGAUCUUGGUUUCUAUCCAACCUACGUAUUCAUAUCACCACCUAGCAUGCAAGUUCUCGAGAAGCGUUUACGUGAUCGGAAGACUGAGACGGAAGCAGCGAUAGAGAAACGAUUGGAGACUGCUCGGAAAGAGAUGACGUAUAGGGACAUUCCAGGAUUCUGGGAUCUAGUGCUCAUCAACGACGACUUCCCGAGCUGCUAUGAGAAGUUCAAAGCCUUCGUAGUUUCUCAGUGUGAUGUACAGUCGUCCUAGUCGGUAGUCUCUUCCUACAUCGUUUCGUUGUUGCUGAAUACAUACCUGCCGACUUGCCCACGUUCCUAGUA